GCAUUUGUGAAAGGAAUUCGAAUUUAGGUCACAUGUUGAUAUAUUAGAGUUGAAAAUCAAUUUGUUACAUAUCUAGAAACAUAGAAAUGCAUAUAGUUGAGGUAAUUGUUGGACAUUCAUCUACACGGCUUCCGGAAAACAAUGAGAAUGGUCACACUCACAAAUGGACACUUUUUGUGAAGCCCGGAAAUCGUGAUUAUGACGAGUUUCCUGACAAUAAGCUCAUCCAGAAAGUCAAAUUCGAGAUUCAUGAGUCGUUUGCACAACCGGUUCGGUUUGUGACAAAACCUCCGUUUAAGAUAACCGAAACGGGAUUCGCCUCCUUCACAACGCUAGUCACAAUUUUUUUGAAUCUUCCAAACGAAAAGCCACGUACAAUCCCAUACGAAUUAACCCUAUUCACCGGAGAUCAAGAUGUUCAAUUAGAAACUCAAAAGCUAGUUGUUCAAAAGGAUGUACCCCCGGCGUACCUGGAACUUAUCAAGAAAUACGCUAGAACUAAAAAACGAAAGGCUUCACUUAUAUCGAAUGAUGAAAAAUCGCCUUCGAGGAAAAUGCACAAAAUUACUCCGGUGAAGGAAGAGGAAUCAUCUCAGAAAAUGAGUAAAUCGAAGGAAAAGGGAGUGCCAAUUCCGAAAAUUGAUAUAGAAAUCGAGAAAGCCUCACCUAAAAAGGAGAAAAAGGAGAAGGUCAAGUCACCGGAAGAGUUAACGAGAAGAUUGAAUGAGUGCACGGAUUCUCAUGUUAUUUAUAAAGCCAGCGAAUAUCUACUCACUCUGCCGGACACCAAAUUGUCACAAACUACACUAAAACUCUCAUUUGAUCUCUCCAGAUGUGAUAGCACAACUCUAAUGGAUAUCGGACGGAUUUUGAAGGGAAAAAAGGCGAAAAAAUAAAAAUAAAAAAUUCUAUUGGCUUGUUUUUUGCGAAUAAAAUUGUUUUUC